AACAGUCCGGCCUCCCUGCACGGCCUCCCUGCACGGCCUCGCCUGCGCCACCGACCCUUCGAGCAGCGCGCGGACGUCAGAUUGCGUUGGACCGGGACAAGACCGUCUUUGCGAUGUCGAAGGUGUCCGUGGAGGAGACGGUGGAGACCAUGAUGAGCGUCACGAGUUUCAUCUUCUGCUCGGUCUCGAUGAUUGUCUUCAACAAGUUGGUGAUCACGGCCUUCCCCUUCGAAAGCACGCUGACUGCCUUGCAGAUGGCCUUUACGGUGCUCGUGCUCUUGGCCGCCUUUCCCUUCUUGCACAUCGGCUCCUUCCGCGAUGCGCUGCGCUGGUCCCUGGUGGCGCCCUGCUUCGCCGGCGGCCUCUUGACGGCGAUGCUGGCGCUGAAGCACUGCACCUUGACCUUGGUGAUCGUGGUCCGCGCCUUGACGCCGAUCUUCACCCUGCUCGCCGAGAGCUUCAACAACGGCUGCAAGGUCAACCGACAGGAGCUCCUCUCGAUCCUCAUCGCAGUCCUAGGUGCCUUGCUAUAUACCAAAGAGUUGGGCUUUGAACACCUGGUCGGUGUGGGAUGGAUCUUCGUGAACACGUGCUUCUCCGUGCUGCUGCGCCUGCUGCAGCGCCGGAUGCUGGCGGCGGAUCAGGAUCCGGUGGAUAUCUCCAAGGGCGGAUGCUCGUUGAUCAACAACGCCAUGGGGCUACUUCCACUGCUCGCCACGGCCUACAUCACAGGAGAAUUUGAAGAGGCGCCCAAUCAACUGGCAUUGUUAAGUAGCCAGGAGUUGAUCUUCAUGGGCAUCAGUUGUGUGGUCGCAGCAGCCAUUAGCUAUGCCAACAUUUGGUGCCAAAGCCUGAUUAGUGCCACCAGCAUGCUGAUCCUCGUCAACCUCACCAGGUUCUUGGUCAUCUUGCUGGAUGCCACGCUGCUGCACACGGACCGUCUCUCCACGUUGCAACUCCUGGGCGCCUUGAUCACCGUGCUGGGAGGCGCCCUUCGGUUCACGAACGCCGCGGCGGUCACGGUCACGGUGACAUUCGGCGCGGUGCACCCCGUGACGAGCACGGUGUCUUCGUACAUGGCAUGGCAUUGGCGAUGCCUGACUCACAACCAAAGGAGGAGCCUGCAGCAGCUUCCUACGCUCCUGCGAAGACAUCGCAAGAGCCAUGACUGUUCGAAGUAAUUCAUUUCUGACGGCUCCUGCUGCGGGGAUAGUCGUUUCUUUUUGGCCUCCCCCAGGGCGCUGAUGUUGAAACUGUUUCGCACCAUGUGGGUGUUCGCGCCUGUCACUGAUUGUCUUCGCUCGCGCCAAAGGGGGGGGGUGUUUGCUCCUGGGUCGGGUGAAAGUCACCUUGAUACCCCACUCACGUCAGUCCGGUCGCCAGAAGUACUGAGCAAACGACGGACCCGGGGCACGAGGUGACGACCCAGGAGCGUCCAUUUGCGACUGGGGAGGCGUGUCAGGCGGCCGCGGGCGGAGCUGGAGCUGGACUGCAUUCCUCGAUGCUUUGGGAC